AUGGAGGAGCGGAAGAGUGUACAAUUUCAGACAUCCAACCAGGUUCUUGCGACAGGUAGAACAAAUCGAUCACUCAGGAAGCCUCUUCAUGAGCGCUCGGGAUCCGAGUCAAACGUCAACGUUUUGGCGGCUAUUCGGUUGGUACCGAAGACCCCACCCAAACUACUAGGUUGCGGAGAUGCCGACAACGCCGCCCACUACUACGCUCGUCCGCCGCUUCCUACUUGUACAACUCAUAAUCUAAGUCCCAAGAAAGGUAAGGGUGGAGAUGAGUUGACCAGAGACGUCCAACCAUUAUCCGAGUUUCCAUUACUUGCCCAGAAGCCCAAAAUCGUUGGCCAUCGAUUACCCAAUACAGUACAAGCCUUGCCGCGCAAUCCCCUGACACCUCUUAGUACACCGUCUCAAAAUUAUGCGGCAACCUCACCAAAUCGAUCCCCUUCAUCAAAACCCUCGAGCAGGAAACGCCAGCUGCGUAUUCACGAAGACAGUAAAACUUUCUCGCUACUACUACCCGAAAACGAAGCGCCUGAUGUAGACCCAAAAAUAACUCAGGAAGAAUGCGUCAACUCCACAUCGCAACCCUCGCGCAUUAUAUCUUUGAAACCCUCCACCGAGCGCACAAGCCUAACAGCCCAUGCCGAAGGGAUUGUCACAGAAUUUAGCAAACCGGGAUCACUGACUCCCAAUGAUUCUUCAUCUUGCCUCACCCAAGCAGGGACCAACAACAACUCAGUUGCAAUACCAACCUCUAACACGCCAAAACUACCUAAUCCUAUUGAUUCUAUAAACAGCUCCCCCUGCAAUUAUGAAUUUGUCGGUGGUCUCCGAAAGGUUGCCAAAAGUCCGAAUCAUAAACAGCAGACGUCCCGAGUCCUUGAACAUCGAUCAGACGAAGACACUCUCUCAUCAGUGCCAUACGCUCUCGCACCUCAGGCUUCUUUCUCCUCGCUCGAUUCUAUUUCCUCGGAGACGACGAAUUACAAGACAUACGGUGACACAUCCGCCUCAGUUUCUGCUAAAUCACUAGCACUCUCUCCCUCUCGUGAAUUCAAUCAUCCACUUUGCCAAGCACCCAAUUCCGGCCUAACUUUUAAAUUUAUUGAUCCACCAAACAAAAAAGAAAGUCACUCAUUAUCCAGGGUACCUACUCCUUCCAAAAGUUGUUCUCAGUCAUCACUGAACCUCCCAUCCCUCGGCGCAAACCCUUUUGCAUCUAGUGAAAGUUUUACCCACUGUAAAUCUCAGUCAAAGGAAUUCAUACGGACUGGAUCGUUGACAUCUCUCUCUUCAACCUUCUCACAUCGAAGUUCUCUUCGUGGAAUUUUUGGUUCUGGAUCUUUCAUUCACAUACCCUACCGCGCUUUCAAGUCCAUUCAGGGUCAGACUAGCCCAAGCUCAUGGGUAGAGCCUCUCUCGCUCUACGCACCACAGUCACACAUGAACGAGCAUCCUCACCAAUGGAGUUCACAGCUAUCAACUGUGCUCUCAGUUUCCGAAGGCGGCUCAGACCAUGCAUCUAUCGCCUGGUCAACAAAUAGUCGGAGCUCCAGCAGCAGGGCACGGGUUAUGAGCAUAGGAUCGGGGUAUAUGUCACAUGAUCCUUUAAGUCCAGCGUCUCGGAGCCUUUCUUGGAGUGGUUCAGUUAUUGACCCGCCGCCAUCAAUUUUUUCGCACAGACCCCGCCACAAUAGCAAUUCUUCUGGGAGAAUAGUCGUGGAACAGGAUGAACACGGGGACGGUAUAACAGACUUGCAAAACAUGCCUACUAGACCUUUAAGGAGACGAACCUCGGGCUUUUACAGCACAACAUCUUCGGAAACCGGACGCACAAACACCAUGCGAUCAUCCGGUAGUACGCGAUCGAGCAGUCUAAACUUGUCCCUGAUUCCGGCUUGGGCAAGACUUUACUACGGCAGUGGUGAGAGCCGUCCUCUGUGCUCUUCCACGAACAUGACUGGUGCCCUCGACAGUCGAACUAACUCAUUGCAAGCAAACUCACCCAGCUCUCAGUUCUUUUCGUCAAAUAUAUAUAGUCCGCGAAAUCGGCAACAUGAAAGCGACCAACUGCGUGAAGUCUCGCUGGAUAUGAACUCUGAACACAACUUCUCGAAUGCCGGGUCAGAUGAACGAUCCUCGAGAGGUAGCAACAAAGAAAGAACUGGUAAAGAAUGGAUCAAGAACGGCUUGUGGUCACCACAUCUGCGACCUGACAGACUCAUGAAACGGAGCCAUUUCUGGGACCCGCCCUCCUUGGAUUUUGCGUCGGACGAAAGCUUAUUCGGAAGACGGAAAAUUCAAAUCGUAAUGUUUAUUUUGGGCUUUUUGGUUCCCUUUUUUUGGAUGAUAGCAUCUUUUCUCCCUCUUCCUCACUCGCCUGUGGUUGAGAUGAAAGAAAAUGAUCGCAACUCUCCGACAUUCGAUUAUUACCAGGCGGCUCGGAAAUUCAACGUCCUUGAGGAGGCUCGUUAUGAGAGCGCUGUGUGGUGGCGAAAGCUCAAUAGAUGGAUGUCUUUGGUAGGAAUACUGAUUAUCGCUGUUGUGAUCGUGCUCGUAGUUGUAGGAAUUCAACAAGGAUGGGGGACAGGCAAAGAUGAUGACUCUUGA